UACAGUGCAUUUUGAACAUCAAACCAAACCCGAGGUUCGUCGUACAGUAUUACGCGUUAUCCCAGCGCAUUUUCAGACUGAAAGAUGAGUGCGGUGUAAAUGAGUUGAAAAUAAUACAAAUAUCACGGGAUUUCCGGUGGGAAUACACGGAAGAGAGGUGUUUUAUGCGCUACGUGGCCACUUGUGACAGUAGCAGCGGCGGCAGGUUGUCGUGAUGGCUGCUGAAGUACAGCAGGGGUCUGACACAGCACUCAAUGCCAGCGGCAGCACCGACGAAACCUGUGAGAACGGCACUGAGACCGACAUACCCAACACCAAUGAAGACCAUAAAUCAUGUGAGAAUGAUGAAGAACAUCAGAAGUCUUGGGGUAUGGAGAGAAACUGGGGUUUCACUUUAGAGGAGCUCUUCAGACUUGCGCUGAAAUUCUUUAAAGAGAUGAACGGGAAGGCUUUCAAUCCAACAUAUGAAGAAAACCUCCGCUUGGUUGCACUGUAUAAGCAAAUCACAUUUGGCCCUUAUAACCCAAAAGAAUGUCCAGAAAUUGGGUUCUUUGAUGUACUGGGAAAUGAUAGAAGGAAAGAAUGGUUACGACUGGGCAGCAUGGCUAAAGAGGACGCCAUGGAGAACUUUGUGAAGUUGCUGAACUCCUGUUGUUAUCUGUUUGCUCCAUAUGUCACAUCACACAAGAUUGAGAAGGAGGAGCAAGAGAGGAGACAGAGAGAAGAGGAGGAACGUCUCAGGCUGGAGCGAGAAGAGCAGGAGCGACGGCAGUUGGAAGAGGAAGCACGUCGGAAAGAGGAAGAGGAGAGGAGGAAAAGGGAGGAAGAACAGAUGAGAAAGGAAGAGGCAAAUAGGUCACAGAUAGAGCAGCAGAAACAGCAGAUCAUGGCUGUUCUGAAUGCACAAACUGCAGCGCAGUUUCAACAGUAUGCCAAACAGCAGUAUCCAGACAAUCCAGAGCAACAACAAAUACUCAUUAAACAAUUACAGGAACAGCACUACCAACAAUAUGUCCAGCAGGCCCUAUGCUUGCAGCAGCAGAUGGCCUUGCAGAAGCAGCCAGAGGACUCAGGUGUGACUCAGACACUAGAGGCUCCAACUCCUUCCUCAAAUGAUGCAAUGUCCACCUGCAAUCCCAGCAGCCAAUCAAAUUCUUUGGAGAAUCAGGAACAACAGACAGACUCAAAAGCCUUCCAUUUGUUUGUAGAAGGAAAAGCAGGAGAGACACUUAUUAUUGCUCCCUCUAUGUGGACACGGCCUCAGAUAAAGGAGUUUAAGGAAAAGUUGUUGCAUGAUGAGGAGUCUGUGAUCACAGUAGGCCGAGGGGAGGUGCUGACAUUAAGGGUGCCCACUCAUGAGGAUGGCUCACAACUUUUCUGGGAAUUCGCCACCGAUCACUAUGACAUCGGUUUCGGGCUGUACUUUGAAUGGAAGGACAUGACCAUGUCACCAAGCAACACUAAUGAAGGGACACCUGCUACUGAAACUAAAGAAGGGACACCACAGGCUGAAGGAGAGAAAGAGGUGGAGGAGAGCAGACUUCCACUGAUAAAUGAGGUGGUUCCUGUUUGCCGUCGGGACAGCCAUGAUGAAGUCUAUGCUGGCAGUCACCAAUAUCCUGGCCAGGGAGUUUACCUUCUUAAAUUUGACAAUUCCUACUCCCUCUGGAGGCCAAAGGUUGUCUACUACAGAGUUUAUUACACCAGAUAAACAUCACUAAGACCAUAUCAUGUCUCACAUGACCAGGUUCUCACAUGUUUAUUACUGUAUUUUCAACCAGUGAAGGAAUGGUAAAAUUUGAUUGUUUGAACUGAUGUAAUGGAUUCAAGCACUUUAAUGUUAUGUUAAUGUUAAGUCAUGGGUCCACAUUGCAAAUUAAAACAGGUGAUAUUUCACCUUUUCAAAAGGAUUUUUUAUUAAAUAUUUGUUUGGGUUAUUGAUUGGGUCAAAGCAAUAUAUAUUGUAAUAAUUUUGACUGUCUUUGUUAAGGCUUAAUAUUAUCUUAAACAUGAUUAUUCUUUUCUGUUUACAUGUUAGGGGAACUGGAACAAGAUGUUAUCUGUCUUGAAGUAGAUUAACAGUUUACAAGCUCAUAUAAAUGUGUGCACAGGCCUAGUACUAUUCCAAGAUGUCAGUUCAUAACAUCUUUGUUUUGGCUUUCUAAUAAGGGUCAUAGUAGAAUAUUCAGUAUAUUCUUUUGUCUGAAGCAGAAAUUUGCAUUGUGUGUACAAAUGCAGAUUCUGAUGAUGUUGAAAUUAAUCACAAUUUGCACACUAUAGUAAUGUUGAAUAUAUUGUGUAUAGCCGCACAUUAGACUAAACAGGAUCAUUUCUUCUUAAAAAGAUUUUAAAAUGUCAUUUAAUUCUUCAAGAAUUAAAAGUGGCAGCUAAUCUUUAGCUAGGUGUAACCAUGUGACAUGGUAAUGGAUCUUUUGUUUUUUUUAAUUGGCCUUUUAUUUUUGGUAUAAACGUUUUCAAUGUCCCAUUGAUAUAUGAAAGUGUUGAGUGUUUUACUGUAGAUCCCAUAAUGCAAUCUAAAUUUGUAACAUUUUUAACAUUUAUUGUAUUUGAUGUUAAAUAAAUGCUUUUUAUACCCUA